AUGGAGCACUUAGGCCAUGUCCAUGAUUUCCUAGGUGUUAAAAUCGACAGGAACAAAGACUUCUACUUUCUAUCACAAAAGAAGUAUGCUACCUCACUGCUACAGCAAACGGAUCUCCUCAAUUGCAAUUCAGCCGCCAAUCCAACCUGCAUGAAAAUACCAGAUAACCCCAAAAUCGAUUCCACACUCUUAGAUCCGGCAUUCUACCGUAGCAUCACAGGCUCCCUACAGUAUUUAACUCUCACUCGACCGGAUAUCGCCUACAGUGUAAAUCAACUCUUCCAACACAUGCACAAUCCUGAACCGCAACAUAUCUACAUGCUUAAGAAACUCUUACGAUACAUCAAAGGUACGCUACAGUUUGGAAUUCCUAUUACUAAAUAUGAUCUUGUACUUAAAUCUUUCUCAGAUGCUGACUGGGCCGGGGAUCCCACAUCUCGCAAGUCCACCUCCGGGUUCUAUUCAUUUCUGGGCAACACAAUAAUAUCAUGGAUAGUCAAGAAGCAACACACUGUUGCUAGAUCAUCCACGGAGUCAGAAUAUCGCACUCUGGCUGCACUUACUUCGGACAUCAUCUGGCUCAGACGUCUCUUAUCAGACUUCGGCAUUUCUCAAACCAAUCCCACUGACAUGUUUUGCGACAACACCUCAGCGAUAGCAUUAGCGAAUAAUCCAGUGUUCCAUGCCCGGACUAAGCAUAUAGAGAUCGACCAGAAAUUCAUCCGGGAUCAUCUUCAACAAAAUCACAUUCGUCUUUUACCCAUUAGCACUGUCGACCAAACAGCCGACAUCCUCACCAAAGCACUCUCUACACCUCGUUUUGAGAAGCUCCGAUCCAAACUGACGGUCUCCAAAGACCCAUCAAUUUGCGGGGGCAUAUUAGAAUACCAAAACAUAUAA